AUGGCUCUCACCAAGAUAAGCGACAAGAAGCCUCCGCAGAUGAAGGCAGUUGUGAAGCAACAGGAGUUGACAGAGAAAAACAAAGGCUUUCUCCAAAAUAUCGACGCGGCUGAAGGUGCGAGGCAGAAUUUGCUGAGGGAAUUCACCAGAACGGACCCCACCUUGGACAGAUCGGAUGAGGAGGACGUUGUCUCUGAAAACCCUCAAACUGGCUUCCUUCACGAUUUGGAGACUAAACAAUGGGAUACGUUGGAGCUGGAGGCUGGGCAUGGCCAGGACCUGCAGAAUGAACAAGAUGAGCAGGAAAGAGAUUGCACUCAACAUGAAGAGCCCCAAGUGCCCACAUCUGUGCCAUUUUCAGAUGAGAGCAUCCCUGAACUGAGUCAGAAGAGCGUGUUCUUCCAGCUAAACCACUGGAAUACGCAGAUGGGUCUACAAGGGAAAGAACUGGGAGCUGACAGCACAGACUGGAUGGAGAAAAUUAAAAAUAUUAUACACAAAAUAAACGUAACAGAAAACACAGUGAAGAGCUUAUUAAGUGAGGUGAUGUCCCUGGAGGGCCAAAUUGAAAAGCUGGAGUCACACCAGGACCUUGACCCUGAUCAGGGGUCAAACAUUGAGAAGAAGAUCGCGGAGAUCAAAAAGCACAUGGGAGAAAUGGAUAACAAAUUUGUCCAGGCAGGUGCUUGUAAUGAAGCCCAUGAAUUAAAGGAAAAACUCAUUGUGAGAAUAGAGAACUUUUGCAAGGACAUGACUCUGCUGAAUACAAAGUUGGGGAUGUACCAAGUGCAAGAAGGGAAGACAGACUCUCAUAGCCCUGAAGAAAUGGCCGUGGAAGGAAGGGAGCCCCUGCUUCCUCAGGCGCCACUCCCGCCCUUAGUGCAGAACGCUCCUCCCCGCAUCGCAAUGUGGAAACGUGUACUGAGUCUUGUCAUCAUGUUUUGUAUCCUCACCUUCACUGGACUUUCAUGUUACAUACUAUUUUUUGAUGCUACAUUUAUCUUUGAAAGGGUGCUCCCUGUUAUGCUUGGGCGCCGCAGGAUGUGGGAACUACGGGAGAUCAUUGCACCUUUCUUGAAUUUGGAAGUGGAAGACUUGUUACCCUCCUAAAGAUACAGAAGUUACUGUUACCCUACUGACUUUCUUCCCAAUAAAAUUCUGGCUGUUCCUGUA